ACACUGAAGCGCUGCUUCACAUUUCUACUGCAUUUGACACUCCCAUUACUUCACAUAACGAGGAAAGAAGAACUAUAAAAUACUGUAUUUACACUUUGCAGACAUCUCCGUAAACUAUUUAGUCAUACACAAUUGUAGAAUUUUAUAAACCCGUGAAAACACACUUUAUUGCUGGGCGAGGAAACGCGUUGGGGCGUUUAGAGCAAAGAGUGUUUGAAUGACAUUAGACUGAAAGAGGCACAAAGUGCAACUUCAGGCUGUUUUUAUUAUCAGAGUGAAAUAUGCCCUUGUUCCGGCAACUUGAGCCCACCCCAGAGAGGAAAUCUCAGCGGAAGAAAAAACACUGGACUGAGGAUGAGGAGAAACCUUCCACUCUGAUUGGCCUUUGUCUUCAAAGCCUGGCCGAGAACAUGAAGGAGCUGUGGGCGAAAGAUUAUGCCCAGAAAUACAUGGACCAGUAUUUCUUCAGAUACAUCAUGGGUCCCUUCAGCUUAUUACCUGGUGAACUGUUAGAGGAGCUCUUGUGUAUCCUGUCCUCAAGGAAUUUGUUGACACGAGCAGCCCUGCACCUUCUUCUCCUCCCACAGCUAAGCAGUCUGUCCCUCGCAUCAGCCUGCAGCCUUGUCAAUGCCAGCCUCUGCUCUCUUAUCCAGAUACGCUGCCAGAAUCUUCAGUCUCUGGAUCUUAGUGGUUCACAGAACAUUUCUGCAUCUGUGCUGUGUGAGCUCCUGGGCAGUCAACAUCGCCUCCGUUCCCUCUCCCUGGCUGGAACCCUCUGUGAUCAGAAAGUGAUGUCCGUGCUUUCCCUCCAGUGCCCCAAACUGAAACACCUGGAUGUGUCACGGUGUCUGCACCUCACCCCUGCAGGCCUGCUCCCUCUGGCCUACCGAGAAGCCCAUGUCAACAGCACAAACACCAUCAGCAGUCUGCUUGCUCUGGAUAUCGGUUUAGCAGAGAACGAGGGAGAUGCCGUAUCUGCAGUCGCGUUUCUUCUGCUUAGCUUGCCUGGUCUUCAGAGGCUGGCAGUGGAGGGACUGGGACAGGCUUGUGUUCUCAUAUUAAAUAGGGAGUUUGAGGGGACUGAGGAGUUCACUAGUCGAGAAGGAGUGCAAUGUCUUAAAGACUUGUGGGCAAAGAAGACACUGGAUGGCAGGAGUUCAAUGAGUGCUAACGGAGAAGAGAGGUUUACCUUGGAAGGAAAACUAGAUGAAUGUUUAUCGUUAGACGAGAGUGAAUCUAGGGUAAAUGAAUGGACAGGGACUUCAAAAGAGUGUGAUGAAAAAGUUAGGAGUCACAUUGUAAGUGAUAAUGUGACAACAUGUCUUAAGGAUGUUCAAGGACUGUCUUUAGACACUUUGGAGGCUGUAGGGAAGGUCUGCCCGGAGCUGCGUGUCUUGUCUUUGGAUUGUCUCCAGAAUAUUGUUAAUGCUGACAGCUUCGAACAUGGAGCCGUUUUAGCCAGAGGACUUGGAAGAUUUUCUGGACAGUUGAACAGCCUUUCUCUACAGUUUGCUGGUUUUCUGUCUGAUUUGGUUCCAGCGCUUCAAGCAGCAGGUUCAAAUUUGCUUUCCCUUUCCUUGGAAGGCAUUAAAGCAGACGGACACACUGCUUUUCUGGAGCUCAUUCGUGCCUGUCCCAGACUCACCUCUCUCAGCAUUCAUUUAGAUCCACCCAACAGUAAUAUGGAUGAAGAUGAUGAGGAUGAGGAUGCUGAAGACGAAGGACGUCUUUCUAAUCUACCAUGCAUUCCUCACCUCCGUUCUUUGACACUACAUUUUUCCCUGGAUGAGCGGCAGAUGAAGCCGCCAUUGUGUUGGACGUCUUUAAAGGAUGUUCUAUGGGCUCUACUUAGGGGUGCAUCACUCCUACAGAAGCUCUCUUUAAUCGCUGUUCCCUGUCGACUGGACCCUGUGUUCAAACUGGUCCUGAAUCAUCCGGCCAAACCCCUCGACGCUCUGGACAAUCCCCCACUGCAGUGCCUGAGAUCUGCUAGCUUGAACCGCUCAGAUAUCACUAUGGACACUGUAGUACAUGUUGUAAACACUUGCAGGCGCUUAUCCUGUUUGGAUUUGAGCGGCUGCUGGGAAAUGAGUUUGAGCAAUAUUACAAAGUUACAAAGCAAGACCAAAAGGAGGCGCCAUACGCUGCAGAUAACAUGGACAUGAGACGCAGGAGGAAAAGGCCCUGAUGAGACUGAAAAAGUGAGAUUUUGAUUCUAUUUUAGAUUUUUCUAUAUUGUAUAAAAUGUGUUAAUCUCUACGCUAAGCAUUUCCAGUCAUGUGUUAAAUGUGCAUAAUAAACAUUAUUGAUUUAGGAAAACACAUAGCCACAGUUAAUGAUGUGUUUACUACAGUCUGCACUGGCCAUGUUUUAACCAAAGGUAAAUGUUAUGCUAAUGUUGCAAUAUUAAACGUAUCUUAGUGUUUCUUUAUUUAAAGCACACUUUUUGAAAAUUAUCAAGCACUUUAUUAUAUUUGAACACAGUUUUUUAUGCAAAAGCAAAAGGUAAGAACAAUUAAAUAAUCUUAUUUAACAUGCAUCUGCUCUUUUAUUAAGACCUUAAAGCCAUUCACUGUUUUUUAUGUUACCGAAAGAUGAGUUGGUGAAACAUUGUUUGUUUAAAAAAUGGUGAUUAAUCACAGUACAGUUUAAUUUGUUACAUUAGUUAUGUACAUUAGUUAACAACAAAAGUCAUUAAAGAUCAGUAAAUACUGUAAAACAUAUUACAGGUUGUUAAUGUUGGCUAAUUCAUUAACAAAUGAUGUACAAUUAUACAAAAUAACAUGCAUAAUAAAAGCCUGUAUCCUAAUAAACUAUAUUUGUAUCAGGCCCU